AUGAUGCCAAAACAGAGCACCUCGGCGAAAGAAAUAAAAAUUGCCUCCGCGACCGACGGCGCCCUGCCUACAGACUGGCAUGACGACAGUGAUGGUGGUGGUGGUGGUGGUGGUGGUGGUGGUGGUGGUGGUGGUGGUGGUGGUGGUGGUGGUGGUGGUAGCGGUGGUGGUGGCGGCGGCGACACUGAAGGUAACAAUCGGGAGAUGGCACCCAAAAAAAUCCGUUGCCUAGAAAUAAUACCUUUAACAGUGGACGCAAACGCCUUCAGGCUAUAUCAACGGUUGCAGGCCUACUUUCACGCACUACUUGAACGUUCCCCGACGGCCUAACAAGGACUGGCCGAACGAAAAUCGCAGGUUACAUGGACUUACAUGGACGAUGGUCGCUGUUACCCAACCUUCCCCAUAGUUACACACGUAUACCUGAAUAUACGGCAUACAUUCGCAUUAUGACAGUUUAUUACGAAACAAAAUCACUUUUAAAUAGGAUAAGUCUGCACAAAAUGGGACAGGAACAGUUCCUAGGCAUCUGUCAAAGACAUGGCAUUGAGGCCAAACCAAAGACGAUACUGUACUUGGUCUAUGUGAGCCCACACAGCUCGACCACAUACAGGCCCUCCCCCGUAGAGUUUCCUUUUAAGUCUACUCUAGUAUGCCUCAAUCGGAUUGGUGUGCCGUCCAGUAGUAGGGUCCUUGAGGUUCUUUGAGUGGUUAACAGAGAAAUGUAGAUAACCUUCUGAGGGAAGACGAUUAUAUACCUUCCACUCGUCCGUUACCACUAUGCUGUCUUUCUCGACUCAUUUUGUAAUAACGGAACGGUGAGCGGGCCAACUUCGAUCAUUCACCUGUUCAAAUAAGGCUUUCCGUCGGCUAGCAUCGUACAUCCCGACCUGCUACCACUCAUAAAACUCCCUUUACUACCUGUCCCGUAAGACAGGCUGCUUUUGUUGGACGGAUUUUUUUGGGUGCCAUCUCGCGAUUGUUACCGAGCAGCCUAACCCUAGGACGAAGAAAUGGGGUAGCUUGUGUAGAGGCCUGAUGACAUAUAAUCGAAAGGGUACGUUUGCCGAACUCCAUUUCUUAAAUGUGUGCAUGGUUAUCAUCGCCGAAUUUACUGGCAAUCACUACUUUGUGGGUUACACACAAUUAAAAAUAUUUAGUGAGAAGAAAAACGAAGAAGAUGUUCAGACCACCGGGACAGACGUCAUCAAUACAAGGUCAAUACGCGUCUACAAGGCCAUGCUUCAUCUACAUAAACAUGCUCCCCGUAAAUUGACAGCGGGGUAAGUGAUUAGAAGGUUUUUUUUAAUGGUUUGUUAUCCACUGCAUAUGCGUGCGCGCGUGUGUGUGUUAAGCGCAUGCCCUCGCAUGUCCUCGCCGGCGUGACCCUUACCUGAUAAACAGGUUAGGCGCUUCGUGCUUGCACGGUAAUUUCAAGUCCACCUGAGUGUUCAAUGCCAGAACAGGUUUGAAAUCCUGACAAUUACUAGAUACUGGACUCAGUUUUUAGCAUCACCUCUGCCUAUGUAUCCACGUGGGUUUUUUUAUCAACUGGACUGUGUCUCUAUAUUUCUGCUCUCCUAAAUUUCUGGAUGUUGCUAUCUGUCGGACAUACGACUGCGGCUUAAUAGCAACAGUUCUGCUUUUCAGUACAAUAAUACGAUAAACUGGCCACGAGUCUACCAGAUAGGAUCUGACUGGGAUAGCCGAACGAUUUGGAUGCUCAGGUAGAGAAAUUAGAGGAUUCGUAAUGUUAACGAGCGGCGCGCACUAACGUCAGGUUUAAUAAAUUCAGCUAGACCGUCAUUUUCGUCCCUUCCCUUUCGGAUGUGCUACACAGACUGACCACAAUACCCAUUCAUGUGUCUGAGUCCGCACAGGAAAGAAGUCUGAAGGGUCGUCUUUGAUUUUUUCUCCACACACAAUUGGGGUGGCGUGCAUUGGCAAGGCAUCCUUUGCCCGGUUAAUUGGAAGGCUUUUUGUGGAACUGAUGAAGAUAAGCUCUGCUGCGUUGUACGUUCUUUCUAUAGUGCAACGCAAGCGUCGCUUGAUUGUGUUUGAGACGUUGUCACCCGUAAAAGGUAGACAUAUUAUAACGGGCUUCUUCGGAACGGACUGUUCCGUCAACUUUGGCCGUAAAUGGUUGCUGUACUUCUGAAUGAAGCGUGCAGGAUAACCACGAUUAAGUAAGGCUUCUUUGAUACGGGCAGUUUCUGUAUCUAUGGUCUCCCUGGAGCAAAUAUUUCUCGCUCUUUGAAAAAAAGAGUAUGUACUAGAUUACGUUCCCAUUGUAUUGGCGCAAAGCUUUUAAAAUGUAGGUAUUGCCCUUUCCACGUAGUCUUGUGAAAGACGGAGCGUCUUAUUGAACCAUCAUCCUCUCUAAACAUGAGGACGUCCAGGAAGGGUAACUUGUUAAACUGCUCGAUUUCCAUCGUAAAUUUGAUUUUAGGAUGCAGAUUAUUCAUCAGGCAAAGUAGGUCGGAGGCGUCUUCCUUGUUAUCAAUAAUCGUGAAUAUAUCAUCCACGUAUCUCCUGUAUAAUGUUGUCAUGUUUAAUUCUGAGGACACCUUAUCUUCUAGGUAACCCAUAAAAACAUCGGCGAGGGUUGGCCCAAGUGGACUACCCAUUGCGGCUCUGUCAAUUUGUCUGUAAAGUUUCCCAUUAAACAGAAAUUGAACAUCUUUGGUGCAAAGUACCAACAGAUCUCGUAGUAGUUCGGGGGAGAGUCGGGUUUUGGACGCAUGGGCGCAUAUAACAUCUAUUGUUUCAACCAAUGGUACAUUGGUAAAUAAGGAUUCCACGUCUAAAGAGAUCAUACACUUGUCGGCGAUGUUCUGGUCCUUAGUUUCUUCAAUGAAGUGAAUACUGUCUUUUAUCGUGUAGGUGGAAAACAAUUGCCGAAUUGGUUCUAGCUCCUUGACCAGCCAUUUUGCUAGUCUGUGUGUAGAUGAAUUAGACAUAGAGAGAAUUGGCCGUAAAGGUAUGUCCUUUUUAUGCGUUUUUGGUAGACCAUAUAGUCUGGGGAUAUGUGUACCUCUCGGUUUUAGGAUAAGUGCGGUUUUAGUAUCAAUCAGGUUUUUGUCCAACAACUUUUGAACCUUUUACCAGACUGAGUCUUCCAAUGUCUUGGUUUCAUCUUUCCCAGGCGCCUCUAGACGAAAUUCGCUCUGAUCAUCUAAGAUGCACUUCAUUUUCCUCACAUAGUCCUUUCGGUUAAGAAUAACAACUUAGAAAUUAUUAUUUGUUUAUGACGUUUCAAUGCGGAUAAGGCAGCUAUGUGUUCAUUGGUUAAUGGAGUCCGUGGUGUUACAGGAGCUUUACCGUACUGAUGAGCAAUGUCCACAAAUUUUGCUUUCAACCAGCCGACAUCGUCAGUGGAUCUGGGUACUAAGUCAGACAGUUGAGAAUUCAAGUCUUCAAACUGAGCCUCAAUUUCAACUGGGUUUAAUUUCCUGUUUGGAAUGCAAAAGUCAAGUCCUAGUGAAAAAGCCUCUGAUUGUAGCUUAUUAAGUUUGAUGUCAGACAGAUUAAUGAUAGUUUCAUCUGUACUCAGAGGGAAAUAGUCGUCCGUAGAAUUUUUGCACAAUGACUUCCUUAGUUUAAAACGGUAUGAAUCUCUUGUCUUCUUCUGUAUGAUACACGUAUGUUUCAUGAACAUUAACCAGCAGUUAGAUAGCGGUCAUGUUGUCGACCCUAAAGCAUCCUUUCGAGUACUUGUCCGAGCACGUACAACUCGAACCUUGCGUUAUUUGGAAGCAUCCUAAAUACGGAGGGAGAAACCAGACCUUUGCAAGCAGUUAGAUCACGUGAUCAAUCUGCAAUUGCCCUGGUAAUCUCACGCCUCUAUUUUCCCCUGACUGUGAUUUGUUGUUAACAUUUCGUCUGCCCCCUUUUCCUUUUUGAUGCUUAUGUGGACCUCUUAUCUAAUUAUUGAUUAUUUUGAACUUUGACCUUGCUCCUACGCACUGCCAUUCUGUACAAAUUCAUACUGCUGUGCGCUUUCAUUCGCUACCUAUGUUAUGCAGAGACGGGUUGCAGUUGAAAAGCCGUCACGAAAUUUAUUGGCCCCGAUAAAUUCUGCUGUACAUGCUUGUUUUCGAUUUUUUCUCCAUCGAACUUUCUUCAUAUUAUAAGUCCUAUAGUUCAGACCACUGCAAAACACAACAGUAAAGUGUCUGCCGUUUACAUCCAAAGAAACAAUUGUUAAAUAAGUCGUCUUUUGCAACUCCGCUUAUACGCCAGAUGGGGUGUCAUGUGAAUCAAAAUUAAACAUUCAAGAGAGCUAGCACGUGAACAUUAUUUAAAAAGUAAUUUUUUGCAAUUUUUUACUAGGAACAUUGGUAAUGCGAAUUUUAUUAGCUCUUUGGCACAGCGGAAAAUGCAGCCUUCAGGGCGCUAAAUAAACGAUUAUUAUUAUUGUUGUUUAUACUAUGUGCAUUUGAUAGGCCUUUGCUAAUGUACCCUGAUUGCACUAAAUUAAUACGAAUGAAUCUGCUUUUUCUAGAAGAUCUGACCCAGCAGCCACACGAGCGGGGCCUGGCGACUAGCGAUCGAUAA